GGGGUGUGUCCCGCAUUGUCCCUCAGAAACAUACCCCUUGUCCCCCCUUGGACUUAUUAGCAGGUGGUCACCCUAAAUGUAUAUCCAAGUGAAAUAGCAUCUUGGAGAAAAGAAAUUUAGUUUAGAAAUUUUAUUUGGUAAUUGACUUUACAUUUUUUUUCCAGCUGGCAGGGGGUGCAGUGAUGGCAGUAGGCAUCUGGACGCUAGUUGAGAAGAGUGACUACAUCAGUCUGCUGUCCUCAAAGAUUUAUGCUGUCUCUGCCUAUAUACUGAUCAUGGCUGGGGUGAUUGUCAUGGUAACGGGGGUUUUAGGCUGUUGUGCCACCUUCAAGGAGCAAAGACGACUUCUGAGAGUGUAUUUUGUUUUACUGCUGUGCAUUUUCCUGCUGGAGAUCCUGGCUGGAGUUUUGGCCUACAUUUAUUACCAGCAGCUGAAUGAAGAACUGAAGGAGAACUUGAGGGAGACCAUGGUCCAAAAAUACCAUCAGCCUGAGCAGGACCAUGUGACGAAGGCUGUGGACAAACUACAGCAGGAGUUCAAGUGCUGUGGCAGUAACAGCUCUUCUGAUUGGAUGGAGAGCGUUUGGAUCCGCUCCAUUAAGGCUGACAGACGGUCGGUUCCUGAUAGUUGCUGUAAAAACCCAGUCAUAAAGCUGUGUGGUCGGAGAGAUCACCCCUCAAAUAUAUAUAAAGUAGAGGGUGGCUGCAUCACAAAGCUUGAGAACUUCAUUCUGAAUCACUUGCAGAUCAUCGGUGCAGUGGGUGUGGGCAUAGCCUGUGUGCAGAUUGUUGGCAUGUUUUUCACCUGCUGUCUGUACAGGAGUCUUAAAUCAGAGCCAUACUGAAGAGACCACUCAACUACAGGAUUAAUCAGUGACCAUAAUUCUCUACAGCAUUUUUUGUUUCACAAUAAUUUUAAUUGAUAGGAAAUAAUUAGGAAACAAAUUAGUUCCAACUAUCCACAGGCACAGACACACAUAUACAGUAAUAAAUAUAGUGUUUUAUGAUUUUACACACAUUAGGUAUUAAGGAGUUAGAAGUGGCUUUAUUGUUCUUAUCAAUUAACUUAAUUUCGGACUGUAUUUUAUAUAUGAAAAAUUUUAUGCAAUUAUUUUUUUCUUUUUAUGUUUGUACUCCCAGAUCCUAAAUCGAAAUCUAAAACCUCUGGCACAAUACAUUUUGUUUUGGUCCAAUGCUUUGUAAUUUACCACUAGAAGCACCAGACAGAAUUGCAAAAAUAAAUUUCAAACAAAUAGAAAUGUCAAUGAAAAACGUGUUUUAUACAAAAAAAAAAAAAAAAAACAUGUUGAAUUGUAUAAACUGCUGUUUUGUUUUUGUUUUUUUGUUGUUUUUUUAAUGACAAUUUCUUCAUUACCUCAAAUUUUGUCCAGUUCUGCCCAAAAUCUGAUCAGAUGAUCUUUGAAUCAAGCUGCACAGAAAUGACUGAAUUUAUGAUAAUCGCUGCCAUUCUAAAUAAGAAUGCUAAAUGGUUAGCAUGCUAACAGAUUGCCCUUCUUUAUCAUUCUCUUCAGCUAUCAAGUCAAGUCAACAUUUAUUUCAAUAGCACAUUUAAAAACAACAGAGUUGCACCAAAACACAUAUCAUAUAAAGAGCAUUAAAAGGAAGCAUGCAUCACAUGAAAAAUAAACACAUCAGAACACUUUAACAUCAAACCCUUAAACUAACCUUAAUCAAAAGCCAAAGAAAACAAAUAAGAUUUGAGAGCAGAUUUAAAACUUGCUAGUGAAGCAAAUCGCACAUUUAUAGGUAAACUAUUCCAAAGUUUCAGCUAUUAGUAUUAGUCAAGUCAAGUCUGCUUUAUUGUCAGUUCUUCAACAUGUACAGUACAUACAUGAAAAGUCAAACUGAAAAGUAGAAAAUUAUGAAAUCCCCAUGAGAAAUAUCAAACACAAAUGCAAUACAGAAAUGGCUAAGUUACGACAUGUUCAUUGGACAAAAAAUGCUGACUGGGUCAGCGGGGUCAGAAAAGAAGAAGAAGGGGGAAAAAAACAGGUCGAGAAGAAAUGACAAAAAGAAUUUCAAAAGAAUUAGGAAUUAAUGUGAAGAUUAAUUUUUAGUAAAUUCUGCAAGACAGACUUUUCAGGAUAGGAGAUGGAAUAAAAAUAAGCUCCUAAAUCAGCACCCUAAUUCCAGAUUCUGGAAGAUAUAUUCCUCAAACCGUUGUGCAAGAGGAGGUGGUGCUGGUCCUUCAAGAGUCACUCAAAACCUAUCUGUUCAUAAAGCCUAUAUAUAAAGUCUUAAUAUAUAGUAUUUCACAAUACUUCACGGUAUUCUAAUUAAUUCAUUUUUUGGGAUCUUUUAAGUCUCUCAGAACCUGACACCUUGUAACUCCAGGAAAGUUGCAGCUCUGGAAAAUGGUGGUACUGUAGACUAAAUGCUCCCUGAUAGUUUCACCUGAUUCUUCACUUUAAUUCUUAAUUCCUUUGCAGUUAAUGUGUUCCUAUUCUUCUCCACUUGUUUUUUUUUUCUGACCCUUUUGAACCAGUAAGCAUUUUGCUGUCCAGUGGUCAUGUCUUAACUUUUUUUUUUCUUCCAGCCUUCAUGGUCAACUACAUAUAACACCAGCCUUCUCUAGUGCAGCUCAACCAAGUUUCAUCCCAUUUGUCCAUAUUUGUGAUAUCACAAACCCCGGAAAAUAUUUGUUGUAGUCCAAAUAAGUUGUUCAUUGUAGUUUUUAAAAUGUGAUUUUUAUUAAAUAAAAUUUCUCCUUUUGAA